CUCGUCCUUCUCCUCUCAAGCUAAACCAGAGAGUCCUGUAGGAUUACCUCUAAUUCACCAUGCUGCUGCCCAUCCUCCCCCUCCUGCUUCUCCUCAUCACGCUCCUCUUCCUCAUCAUCCUCCUCCUUCUCCUCAUCAUGCCCCUCCUCCUCCUCCUCUCCAUGGAGUUCCUGUCCCGUCCAUGCUACCCUCCCAUCCUGGAGAUUAUGAUGAUUAUGAAGAAUCCUACAAGCCGAAACCUUACUCUUUCAACUAUGGAGUGAAGGAUGAGUACUCUGGAGUCGAAUAUAACAGAGCUGAGUCACGUGGAGACCAUGGAGUGACACGAGGAGAAUACACGGUAGCUCUUCCAGAUGGUCGUCUUCAGCUUGUCAGCUACUUUGCUGAUGAGGAUGGAUUCCAUGCUACUGUAACCUACGAGGGUGAGCCUAGUUAUCCAACCCACGAGGAGUACUCCAGGUCUCCUAAAUCAUACAGGGAGUCAAAUAGAGUAGAGGAUACAAAUACAGUGUUCGCUAAACCUACACCACAACCUGCUCCCUACUCCCCCACUCCUGCUGCCUAUUCCCCUACUCCUACUCCAUACUCCCCCACUCCUGCUCCCUAUUCUCCUACUCCUGCUCCUUAUUCCCCCACUCCUGCACCUUAUUCUCCUUCCCCUGUACCUUAUUCCCCAACUUCGGCUCCCUAUUCUCCAAGCCCUGCUCCUAUAAAAUAUUCACCUACUCCUGCUCCCUAUUCCCCAACCCCUGCUCCCUAUUCACCCACUCCUGCUCCCUAUUCUCCAACCCCUGCUCCCUAUUCUCCAACCCCUGCUCCCUAUUCACCAGCCCCUACUCCCUACUCUCCUAUCCCGGCCUCCUAUUCUCUCUCCAAUUAA